CUUCCCGGAAGAAAGAUGGCCGCGGCCUAGGCGAGUCCCGUCGGAGGCGUCACGGGCGCUCGGGCCCCGCUCAGCGGAUCCUGGGCGAGGGGAGGGAGGCCGCUCCUGGCCACACUUGCAGACCAUCCCACAGUCCGGACCCAGGUGGCCAUGGCGUCCAGGCAGGCCUCCCACUGUGGCUUGGUUCCUCACUGCCUCUGGCUCUUGGGGGUCAUCCUUCUGAUGGAUGUGUCUGCCCGGCCUGCCAACCACUCAUCUGCUCGGGAGAGAGCCGGCAACAAGGAUGAGCGUGAGAUCCUGCCCCCGGACCACCUGAAUGGGGUGAAGCUGGAGAUGGAUGGGCACCUCAACAAGGACUUCCACCAGGAGGUCUUCCUGGGGAAGGACAUAGACGGGUUUGAGGAGGACGCAGAGCCACGGAGAAGCAGGAGGAAGCUGAUGGUCAUCUUUUCCAAGGUGGACGUGAACACGGACCGGAGGAUCAGUGCCAAGGAGAUGCAGCACUGGAUCAUGGAGAAGACAGCAGAGCAUUUCCGGGAGGCCAUCGAGGAGAGCAAGGUGCACUUCCGUGCAGUGGACCCCGACGGCGACGGCCGUGUGUCGUGGGACGAAUAUAAGGUGAAGUUUUUGGUGAGCAAAGGCCACAACGAGCAAGAAGUUGUGGAGAAGAUAAAGAAUGGCGAGGAGCUGAAAGUCGACGAGGAGACACAGGAAGUCCUGGAGAACCUCAAGGACCGCUGGUACCAGGCAGACAACCCCCCCUCAGACCUGCUUCUGACUGAGGACGAGUUCCUGUCAUUCCUGCACCCUGAGCACAGCCGUGGCAUGCUCAAGUUCAUGGUCAAGGAGAUUGUCCGGGACCUGGACCAGGACGGUGACAAGCAGCUCUCGCUGCCCGAGUUCAUCUCUCUGCCUGUGGGCACGGUGGAGAACCAGCAGGGCCAGGAUAUCGAUGACAGUUGGGUCAGAGACCGAAAAAAAGAGUUUGAGGAACUGAUCGACGCCAACCAUGAUGGGAUUGUGACCAUGGCGGAGCUGGAGGACUACAUGGACCCCAUGAACGAGUACAACGCCCUUAACGAGGCCAAGCAGAUGAUCGCCAUCGCCGACGAGAACCAGAACCACCACCUGGAGCCCGAGGAGGUCCUCAAGUACAGCGAGUUCUUCACAGGCAGCAAACUGAUGGACUACGCCCGCAACGUGCACGAGGAGUUCUGAGCCCGCGCCUCCUGCCGCCUGCCCCAUGCGCCUUGGCCAGCUGGCCCCUCCGGGAGGCCUCCCUCCCUCCCGCGGCCCCGACAGCCGUGGGUCCAGGCUUGUCACAGAUGUGCUUGAGCGGGCCCGAGUCCCGAGGUGCAGUUGCGGGCUGGCUGCCCCCCAUGCGUGGGGUCCCACGUGACUGCUGCAUCUCACUUCUGAGAACCGGGUGCUGUUCUGCGGAAGGCACUGACCACAUCAGGGCCCUGUGGGCUCACCACACCUGUGGGAAGUAACGCAGCUCCUGCCGUUCCCUUGAAAACCGAGAAGUGAACCAACUAUUAGAAUGUGCUCUGCUGGGAGCCCGUAGCCGGCCGCUGGGGGGUGCCUGCCACAACGUUCAGUCUCCGAAAACACACACACUUGUGAUGAGAAUCUCAUUAAUGUACUUUAAAAUAGAGUUGCCUUUUUCUCCUAGCUUCAUUUCUUUGUUGAAAAAAAGCCCAUAAAAUGAUU